UGCACAAAGCAUCAGUCAGGCUGAGUCACCACAGAACCUCCAUACAAUUCCUUUUGCCUGCCCAUUGCCUCAGUCAGACCCUUAAUUUAUGAUGUGAUGUGGGACAGUAAAAGUAGCUCACUCUUUACUGUAGGGGGAAAUGCUACCCUCUGUGACUGUUGCCCUGGUUUAUUUGUGGACAUUCUUGGGAAAGCAGCAAGGCACUACAUAGGCAACCCACUGCAAGCUCUAGUAUAAGUAGCUCACUGCACUAUAUUUAGCAACCAACAGUGUGACUGGCAGAAAGGUUUACAGAAUGAGAGUGAGUGCUUGAAUCAUUGUCGCUGAAUAAAUACGGGGAUGAGGUACUUUUCUUUACAUUGCUAUCCUUUUGUACAGUUUCUAAUUAAAUAAUAGGACAUGUGUUUAAUCUAUUUCUAGCAGUCCAUGGCUCAUAAGCUACCCCUCCCCUCCUCCUGAAUUUUGCACUUUAUUAGUUCAAAAAGGCACACAUCUAUAGUGCAAUGGUCAGAACCAUCGCAAUUCUCAUGUGCUUUUGCAUUUCUCCUAGCCUGCCAAACGUGUGUGUGUGUGUGUGUGUGUGUGUGUGUGUGUGUGUGUGUGAAUGGCCUCACCCCACACUGUCUCUGGCCUCUCUUACUGGAAUGCAGGCCCUUUCAGGGAUCCAGAGAGGCCCAGAUCACUUCCAGAUUUUGAUGCCUCUAGCAGCAGCAAUGGUGGCGAUGACGACAGCAACACAUGACAACAAACGAAAACAAUAUAAGGCACGAGAAAGAGACUAGGGAAAGUUUGUUUUCCAUUUAAGUCAUCUAAGGGCAUUUCCCACGACAGGAGAGGAGCACCAGCAUGGUGAGGAACAUUGAUGACUUCGAUUUUUGCCUUCCAUCCCACCCCCAGUCUAUUCUGGAAGGACUUCAGACCCUUCGCUCCAAUCCAAAACUCUCCGAUGUCACCUUGGUAGUUGAGGGGCAUGAAUUCCCCUGCCACCGCAGUAUCCUGGCCCUCUGCAGCCACUAUUUCAAUGCCAUGUUUGCUGGUGACUUCUUGGAAAGCAUUUCAGCUCGUGUAGAGAUCAAAGAGGUGGAUCCAGCCAUUAUGGAGACCUUGAUUGACUUUGCUUACACAGGGAAGGUGACCAUCAACCAAGGUAAUGUGGAAGCCUUAAUUCGGACAUCCAACCAACUCCACUUCCCCGUCCUCCGGAAAGUCUGCAGUCGGUACCUGAGGCAGCAGAUGGAUGCAACCAACUGUUUGGGCAUUUGUGAAUUUGGGGAGCUGCAUGGCUGCCCAGAAGUGUCAUCCAAGGCCUGGUCAUUUCUGCAGGAGAAUUUUGAACUUGUGUCUCAACAAGAGGAGUUCCUGCAGCUAUCCAAAGAGAGGCUGGUUAUCUACCUGUCCAACAACUUGCUCCAAGUACAAGAAGAGCAGAGUCUAGUUAAGGCUGUGCUGAAGUGGGUGAAGUAUGAAAAGUCUGCUAGAGCCAUUCACCUUCCAGAACUCCUUGAUCUAGUGCAUCUGGUGUCAUUGCCAGAUCAGUACCUGCAGAACCUCUUGUCAUCAGAACCACUGAUUCAAGAAUCAGAGGCUUGCAAGACCAUCAUCACUAGACAUCGUAGCACGUUGGAGAACAGGCCAUUUGUCCAGCAGAGACUGAAGGCCCUGCCACAAAAGCUUGAGGAGGUGCUAGUGGUGGUGGGAGGCAGAGCUCUGGAAGAGAAUGAAGAAGAUGAACAGCAACCACUAAUCUCCAGGAAUUUUGCCUUUUAUAACACUAAGACUAAAAGAUGGAAUGCUCUGCCUGAUUUUCCGGACUACAAUAAAUGGGGUUUUUCUGUGAUUGCUCUAAAUAAUGAUGUUUAUGUCACAGGUGGCUCCAGAGGAUCACGGAAUGACACAUGGUCAACAACUCAGUCCUGGUGCUUCUGCCUCAAGGAUGGUGCCUGGAAGCCUAUUGCACCAAUGCUGAAGCCACGAACCAACCACGCCAGUGCUGUCCUCAAUGGAGAGAUCUAUGCCAUUGGUGGCACUGCGGUGGACGUCGUGGAGGUGGAGUGUUAUGAUCCUUAUAAUGACAGCUGGUGCUUUGUGAGCCCUGCCUUGAAGUACGUCAGCAACUUCACCAUUGCCGGGUGUCUUGGGAAGUUGUACCUCAUUGGCUCUUGUGCUGUCAAAUACAACGCAUUAACCCUGCAGUGUUACAACCCUGCAAUUGAUGUUUGGAGUGUAAUUGCAUCCCCUUUCAUCCCAAAAUACCUCUCUGCUCCUCGAUGUGCCUCUCUGCAUGGAGCUAUCUACCUUAUUGGCGACAACACAAAGAAAGUCUAUGUGUAUGAUCCAGAUGCUAAUAUAUGGCAGAAGGUGCAACAGCUUCACACCCUCCAUGAAAACGGAGGGAUGGUACCUCUUGGAGGUAAACUCUUUGUCACCGGAGGAUACUGGAAGGGCAUGGACGGUGACUAUCAGGUGGAGAUGGAAAUUUAUGACUGUGCUAAGGAUGUCUGGAGAAGGGAAGGAUCCCUCCCAUGCUUAUGGCUCUACCACAGCUCCUCCUCUAUUUUCAUGGAUACUUCGAGGUGGAGGGAACCUUUCCUAGGAGACCAUUUGUGAACAGAGGAUGGAACAAGGCCUCACAGCACAGGCAGCUCCUGCCACGAAUUCGGAAAAGGAACAGAGUUUUCAAUAUCACAUUUGUACACUUCCUUUUGCCUUUUUUGUUCAGACCGUUUGAAUGGUUCCAUCCCCCCAACCUCCCCACUACAGCUCUUGUUGGGCUGAAUCAACUUGCCCACAUAAUUAGAAUGGAUAACUUUGGUCACAGCGCUAGCAUUAAAGCACCAGUGGAGAACAUGGAAGGAUAACCUGCCUUUAUAAAUGGCAAGGGGUUAAAACAAAACAACCUGCAAUGGGCAUAUCAUCAGAAACAAAAGACUGCAUUAACCUCUAUGGUUAAACAUAGUGCCAGGCUGCCCUGACAGUGUCUACCAACAUAAUGUGUGAAUUAGGAACUUGGCCAAGAGAACUUGGCAAUUUUAAAAACAUUGUUCAGUGUCCAUUCUGAGACCUGUGAGAUUCCAGUGCACAGCACUUGAUGAAUAUUAUGCUCAUUAUGCUAGACUAGAGAACCUGACUUCCCUGAGCAAUGCUAAGUUAAGUGUGCAUAAGUCCAUUGAUGUCAUUGGUUACUUCACUCUAUUGGACUAUGGCCAGAGUCCGAAAGGGGCCAGAAGUAACGUGAGCCAGCUCUAAAUUAAAACUAGAAGUCUCUCAGUGCUAAUUUGAGAUCGUGGUGACAUCAAUGACCCAUUUAUCAGAGGUUUCUCUGGUUUCUCUGGAAUUCUUAUUUUUAUAUCUGUUUUUAUUGCCCUAGGAUUCUUUCUGCACUUCACAAGGCACAUUUUCUGUUCAGUUUAAAUAUCUUGCAUGUGGACUGUAUGAAUUUUACCUGUAAAAUGGAGACUUGCCUCUUCCUGUUGAUUUCUACAGUUCAUCAGUCUGGUCAAGAAAACUGAUAAUAACUUCAUCGUGAAUUAUGUAGUCUUUUCUUUCUACUGUUGGUGCUUGAUUAAGUAACUAUAUUUUCUUUUAGGUAGGUUUUAAAUGCUGGGCAGUCACAGAAGCCCCCUUCCAUGGUCAUUAUAGGAGUGUUUUAUAUGAAUCAUACAUAUGUAGCUGACUAAUGGCCCAUAGAAAUCAACUGAGGGCCUUCUGGUGGUUCCCUCAAUGCAAGAAGUGAGGUUACAGGGAACCAGGCAGAGGGCCUUCUCGAUAGUGGUGCCUGCUCUGUAGAACGCCCUCCUGUCGGAUCUCAAGGAAAUAAACAACUACCUGACUUUCAGAAGACAUCUGAAGGCAGCCCUGUAUAAGGAAGUUUUUAAUGCUUGAUGUUUUACUGUGUUUGAUGUUUUGAUUUGUUGGAAGCCACACAGAUUGGUUUGGCAACCCACCCAGUCAGAUAGGCAGCUUAUAAAAAAAAUUGUUGUUGUUAUUGCUGGUAUGUAACACGAUCCCACCAGAAAAUAGCUGCAGUCUAGAAGUACCUUUAAUUGUACCUAGUUUAGUUGUGCGUUGUGUCUUCCUGGAGAUGUUAUAAUUUUUCUUUAUUCUUAUUUAUGCCUGCCUUCACAGACAAUUAUCAAGGAAAUGGACAGGACUGACAGGCUGCUAAUUAUUAUUGUUAAUAAAAGCAGGAGAGCUUAAAAGCAGGCUUCUUCAAGGGUUUUCUCAGUCUAAACCCAGAACUAGUUGUAUGUUAAAGAUUAGCAGGGCUUUUUUCAGUUGGAACUCACCAGAAUUGCCGUUAUAAGAGAACAAGACAGGUGUUCAUGGUGAGUUCUGGCACCUCUUUUUAUAGAAAAAUAGCACUGCCUAUUAGAUUUACCGAUGACACAAAAUGCAAAGGAGGGGAAUUAGAAUUCAUAAUGCGAGAUGAGCGCGC